AUGGGGUCUAGUAGUAGUAAAGGUGCUUCUUCUUGUAGUUCAUCUUCUUCUUGUAGUUUGAGGAAGAAUCGAUCCAAGAGGCUUAGAGGGUUUCCUUCUUACUGUCUUGGAACAACUUCUGGAUCUCGUGACAGUGAUAAUGAUGAACGGGUUUGUGAUCAGAAUAAAGUAAAUGGAAGUGAUGUUACAUACAGCAGUAGCAAUGAAAUUGACUCCGAUGAAGCGAAAUCGGAGUCUUUUAGGAAAGUUAAACCUGAUGAAAUACCUUGUAUGCCUUCUAACAUUGAUCUUGAUGAGUGGAGUCACGCUGAAUCCAGAACCGCGAGCAUCUCGGCGCAUGGUUCUUCAACUCAGUCGACAAAUUCUACAAGUCGGUUCCUUUCUCGGUUUAGCCUUAUUCCAGGUAAUAUAAGCUUCAGACUUAGCAGAACUACCAGCUUAGGGUCAUCUCGACCUUGUCCUGAUUCUUCGGCGGGUCUUUCUAUAUUUAACAAUGAUGAAGCCGAGCUUAGUCUGCAUAAUAGAAAUGAAACUCAACAAUAUAAUGGCGGCGACUUGCUUAACGGGUCUUUUGUAAAUCCAGUCCCUAUACAGUAUCAUGGAGAUGCUUCUAAUAGUUUAAGUUCGAGUGCCCCGAUAUUCGGUUUGGCUAGUAACUUGUCGAGCAGUCCUACGCUGUCUCCUCUCGAAAAUACGGUUAGAGAUGAAUAUGCCACACGAGAUAUGCCUGGUAUGAACAUGUUUUCUCCGAGAAUUAAUACCGAGGCUGGAAAUGCUAUGGAUAGACGGAAUGGAGCUCGAGAACCUGUUGACCGCAAUGUUCGUUUCAGCCGAACUUUAAGCGUUGGAAGGCUUCGCGACAGAGUUCACCGCCGAUCAGGAUUGGCUGACUUCACCUUUUGCCCUUUGCAACAAGAGAGAGAUGCUAGCGAGGAUAAUGGAAGACAAGUAGGGGAGAGGAGUACAGGAGUGACACCGUCUGAUCGAAACGCUUUAAAUUCUCGUACUACAUCCGGAUAUCCUCUACCAAACAGGUCUAGCUCUCCAUUCAGCACCCAAGACCACGAGGUUGAGGCUUCACGGUCAAGAGAAACUAGGUAUCAGGAUCUACUAGAACAUAGGUCCAAUUUCCUUGAACGGAGAAGAAGAAUACGAUCUCAGGUUCGUGCUCUUCAGCGGUUGGGCAGCCGGUUUGAAAAUCUUUCCGGACAUGACAGAUCAUGUAUCUUAUCUGGCCAACAUAGAAACGGUCGUUGUACAUGCAGAAUAAGUAGUCGCGAGAACAAUUCAAAUUCAAACGACGAUACAAAUGCUAGAGCUAGCAUAUCAAGAAUAGUGAUGUUAGCCGAAGCCUUAUUUGAGGUUCUGGAUGAAAUUCACCAGCAAUCAGUGGUUUUAUCUUCUCGACCUUCUGUAUCUUCUAUCGGAUCUGUUCCCGCACCUGCUGAAGUUGUCGAAUCCUUACCUGUUAAAUUAUACACAAAGCCGCACAAACAUCAAGAAGAACCCGUACAAUGCUAUAUAUGUCUUGUGGAGUAUGAAGAUGGCGACAGCAUGCGAGUACUUCCUUGCCAUCACGAAUUUCAUACAACAUGUAUCGACAAGUGGCUGAAGGAGAUUCACAGGGUAUGUCCACUAUGUCGCGGAGAUAUUUGUAUAUCAGAUUCACUCCCAACAGAGAACUAA